UUAUUGGCACGUUGGAAUUACACGGAUUUGCAAAAUCCAGUAGACUCACACUUCCAUUGGGCAUGUGACAAUGGAUACACACGUUUCCUAACUUAAUGUCAUCAUCGCCCAUUUGUGCUCUUUUAAUUUGUCUUGUUUGUAAAUUCGUGAGAUUACGUAUGGACAUACCGAAGGCGCCAUAUGACUUAUUAAAUCUGUUUUUACGUGAAUUUUUUACGUUGUAUAAAUGACAUAUAAAAAUUAAAUAAUUAUAUGAUUUAAUGGUGUAUUAUUUUAUUGUAUUUUCAUAUAUUCUAUCGCACUAAAUAGAUUAAUUUAGUUUUAUAACCUCUUAAAAUCUCAGGACUCCAGCAAGCAGAAUGUCAAAACGAAUACAGCCUCCCUGGAGCGCACCAGAACGUAAAAGUGGAACUUGUUUAAAACUUUACAAUAGUUUCACUCGUCAAAAGGAUGAAUUUAUUCCACAAAAUAAAAAUAGAGUUAUGUGGUACAGCUGUGGACCAACUGUAUACGAUGCGUCUCAUAUGGGCCAUGCAAGGUCUUUUAUGUCAUUUGAUAUUUUGAGAAGAGUAUUGACAAAUUAUUUCAAAUACGACGUACUAUAUGUUAUGAACGUAACAGAUAUCGAUGAUAAAAUCAUUAAACGUGCUAGACAAAAUCACCUUUAUGAAAAUUAUAUCAAAGAAAAUCAUCCUCUUGAUCAAGUAUUAAGUCACAUCAAUGAUGUUCUGAUAACUUUGAAAGAUAAAAUAGAACUCACCACAAAUCUUGAUAAGAAAAAUAUGUUUAAAAAUAUGGUGAGUAAAGUAGAAAAUUCUGUUAAUAAACUUGAAUCAGCUGUCAAAUCCAGUAAUCAAGAAGAUGUUAAAACAAUGCUACAGAUUUUAUUAAAAGAAGCGAAAGAUCCACUUUCAGAUUGGCUCGAUAAACAGAAAGGUGAUACAAUUAAUGAACAUUCUAUAUUUAACAAACUGUCUCAAUAUUGGGAAAAUGAUUUUCAUAAAGACAUGGAUACAUUAAACGUCUUGAGACCCAAUGUUCUGACAAGAGUUAGCGAAUACGUUCCAGAAAUCAUUGCGUACAUAGAAAAAAUUAUAGAAAAUAAUCUAGCUUAUGAAAACAAUGGCUCUGUAUAUUUUGAUGUUAAGGCAUUUGAUAAACGUGAUAAUCAUUUUUAUGCUAAAUUAGUACCAGAAGCUUAUGGUGAUACAUCAACAUUAAAUGAAGGAGAAGGUGACUUAAGUGUGACAGAUGAAAGGUUAUCCGAGAAACGUUCGCCAACUGAUUUUGCUCUAUGGAAAAGUUCAAAAAUGGGAGAGCCUUGGUGGGAUUCACCUUGGGGUAAAGGCAGGCCAGGUUGGCACAUCGAAUGCUCUGUUAUGGCUUCAGUGAUUUGUGGUGAAAACGUUGAUAUUCAUACUGGUGGAGUGGAUCUCAAAUUUCCUCAUCAUGACAAUGAAUUAGCUCAAGCGGAAGCUUACUUCGAUAACAAUGACUGGGUCAAAUAUUUUCUCCAUGCUGGUCAUCUGACUAUCUCUGGAUGUAAAAUGUCCAAAUCAUUGAAAAACUUCAUUACAAUUAAGGAAGCUCUCACAAAAAACACUGCCAGGCAGUUGAGAUUAGUAUUUUUAUUGCACUCUUGGAAAAAUACGUUAGACUACAGUGAAACUACCAUGGACAUGGCUGUUCAAUAUGAAAAAUUUUUAAAUGAAUUUUUCCUAAACGUCAAAUGUAUUUUAAGAAAACCAAAAUGUAAUAUUAUUGGAACUUUUGAGAAGUGGGAUAGUUUUGAGAUUGAUUUAAAUAAUAAAUUUUACAAUACUAAAGAUGAGGUUCAUAAUGCAUUAUGUGAUAAUAUUGAUACGAGGACAGUUCUUGACACAAUAAGAGAAUUAGUGACGAACUGCAAUAUUUAUAUGAAAAAUCGUGAAAGCCCUAAUGGCUCGUUGCUUCAGGACAUUGCAAUUUACAUAACAGAAAUAUUUACCAUUUUUGGAGCUAUUUCUUCACACGAUACGUUUGGCUUCCCGCUCGAUGAUAAAAAUCAAAAUCUUAAUGUCGAGGAAACGGUAAUGCCGUACUUAAACAUCCUUGCGGACUUUCGUGAGAAGGUGCGCGAACAUGCACGAGCACUCGGCGCCAAGGACAUAUUACGAGAGUGCGAUAAGCUACGGGAUGAGGUGCUCCUGGACGUGGGGGUGCGAUUAGAGGACGUGGGCAUGGGCUCGAGGAGCAUAAAACUCGUUGACAGGGAGGAGCUUUUGAAGGAGCGGGAAAUAAAGAAGCGUCAAGAGGCCGAGCGAAUUGCCGAAAAGGAGAAGAAAAUUGCAGCUGCUGCCGCUGCUGCCGCUGCUGCCAAAGAGAAGGAAGCCCAGUCGAAAAUACCGCCAAAGGAAAUGUUUUUGCACAUGACGGACAAGUACUCUCAAUUUGACGAAUCUGGUUUACCUACACAUGAUGCUACGGGAAAGGAAAUUACUAAAAGUCAGUUGAAAAAAUUAGAAAAAAUACAGAGAGCGCAGGAGAAUAAAUAUAAACAUACGUGUUCUUAGUCUAAAAAGAUUUUUGUCUAGAAAGACUAAUUGCCAAAGUGAUUAUAACAAGUAUUUUUAUAACGUAAAAGUUUAAUAUUAUUUUUAAUAAAAUAUUAAAGAUAACA